CCCUCACUCACUUGCCAGCGUCAGUCAGUGUGAGUUUGUGUGAGUUUGUGUGAAGUUGAUAAACAAAUAAAGCUUCCUCUCUCCGCUGUGUCACCGGAGGAGAGACUGAUGAGCACUCGCUAAUGGAAAUGGACGACGGUGACCCGCCGAGCUCUGACUGUGAGACAAGAUGGUCACAGCAACUGUCACGUCUUCCUCACAAGCUCCUGCAGCGCCUCAUGCCUUUCCAAAGACAGGGAGUGGAGUUUGCUUUACGGAAGAGCGGACGGAACCUGCUGGUCUCGUCUGAUGAUGUUUCUCCUCUCUCUGCUUUUUUGUUUUACAGGUGCAUGAUUGCUGAUGAGAUGGGUCUUGGGAAGACGGUGCAGGCCAUCGCGGUGGCGUGCGCCUUCAGGGAGGAGUGGCCCCUCCUGGUGGUGGUGCCCUCGUCCAUGAGGUAUCCCUGGAUCGAGGAGCUGGAGCGGUGGAUCCCCGACCUGCAGCCCGGAGACAUCAACCUGGUGGAGAACAAGAGCGACACCAUGGGUGUCAGCCACAGUAAAGUCACAGUCCUGGGUUACGGGCUCCUCACCUCCGACUCACGCCCCCUGGUGGAGGCUCUGGAGCGGCGGGGGUUUGGCGUGGUCAUCGUGGACGAGUCUCAUUACCUGAAGACCAGGAAUGCGGCGCGGACAAAGAUCCUGGUUCCUCUGAUUCAGAACAUUAAGCGGACCGUUCUGCUCACGGGAACGCCGGCGCUGGGUCGACCUGAGGAGCUGUUCAUGCAGAUUGAUGCCCUCUAUCCGAGGAUAUUUGGAACCUGGACAGAGUACGCCAAGAAAUACUGCAAUGCCCAUUACAGGUACUUCGGGCCUCGCAGGCAGUGGGACUGUCGAGGUGCGUCCAACCUGGAGGAGCUGCACCAGCAGCUCAGCAAGAUCAUGAUCCGUCGCCUGAAGGCCGACGUGCUCACUCAGCUGCCGCCCAAGAUCCGCCAGCGUAUUCCCUUCGACCUGCCCAAGGAGGCGGCCAAGGAGGCUGCGGCCAGCUUCGCCGAGUGGGAGCACGUGAUGAAGGCCCAGGGGUCAGGGGUCGCCGCCACAGACAACCCCUUCACUGAGGUCAUGAGUCUGGUCACAAAGAUGUACAAGCAAACAGCCGUAGCAAAGGCGGGAGCUGUGAAGGACUACAUUAAGAUGAUGUUGGAGACUGAGCAGCUGAAGUUCCUGGUGUUUGCACACCACCUCACCAUGCUGCAGGCCUGCACCGAGGCCGUCAUCGAGGCCAAGGUUGCUUAUAUCCGCAUCGACGGCAGUGUCCCAUCGUCAGAGAGAAUCCAGCUGGUCCACAAGUUUCAGAGUGACCCGGACACCAGAGUCGCCGUCCUCAGUAUUCAGGCUGCCGGACAGGGUUUGACGCUCACUGCUGCCAGCCACGUGGUGUUCGCCGAGCUUUACUGGAACCCCGGACACAUCAAACAGGCCGAGGACCGGGCUCACCGCAUCGGACAGACGUCCUCGGUAAACGUGCACUACCUCAUCGCCAAGGGAACCUUUGACGCCGUCAUGUGGUCCAUGCUCAACAGGAAGGAGACGGUGACCGGGAGCACUCUGAACGGGAGGAAGGAGUAUCUGAAGGCCGACCAGGCCGACGAGGACACGUGGGAGUUCCUCAGCUUUGCCGAGGCGUGGACGCCGAGCGAGAUGCCGCUGUCGCCACAGCCGGAGGGAAAAGCAGGGCGUCAGAAAGACGACGUGUUCUUCACUCAUUUGGAGAAGGAGAAGCAGCACGAUAUCCGCUCCUUCUUCUCCCCGAGCGCCAGCAAAGAGAAGAAGAGGAAGAGAACAGAACGCGAGGAAUCUUCUCCCUCCGUCGUCUCAGAGACGACCACUGCGGUGUCAGUGAGUGAGACAGACUCUGAAGCAAAUGAAGGCAAGAGAGAAACGUCUGACCUGGAACUCACCCCACGGCUGAAGAGAGCACGUGAGCCCAGGUCUCGACUCAGAAUGAGCAGCCAGUGGUCGGGUGGAGGUGUCGGCUCCCGCAGCCCCCACCCUCCUGUCUCCUCUGUGAGUCCACGGACACUGAGAGAUCAUGACCCUGAAACCGAGGCGUGGAACUGUGAGGCCUGCACCUACGCUAACAGCAGCCUGCUGCCGUACUGCGAGAUGUGCGAGUCCCCGCACUCUUCCUCAGGGCCACGCAGGCCUCAGCGACCUCGGCCGCCCGAGAGGGACCAGACAUGUGCAGUCCUCUCCGGCUCUGACAGCGAGCCAGGGCUCAGUCUGGGAAAAGCCCGGCCUCGGAAACGAUGCAAAGGCAAACAGAGCGGGGAGGAGGAGGAGGAGGAGGAGGACGACGGGGAGGACGAGCCUCAGAAAGACAAACAGAAACCGGGAGAAGCAGAGGAGGACGACAAGCGGCGGCUCAAAGGCAAACAAUCAGCGGGAGAUGGAGGCGACAGCGUGGCUGCUGGUGGCAGCUGCCUCCCCCCUGACCACACACAGGCAGAGCAGAGAGCGGCGUCUUCUGCUGAUGCUAAUGACCACGAUGAGGACGGAGACGGCAUCAGCGCGGCUCAUCCUGUCUACACAGGCCUGCAGUUCUGUGCCAGCCAGUACACAGACCGGAUUUACCUUUACACCAAGGACGGUCAGGCGUUGAACUUGAGCUUCUUCCCUCUGGACAUCAAACUAACCCAGUGGAACGAUCUGCCCGAGGCCUUCACCCAGCGCCGCCAAAAUCAAAUACAGGUGCUGAGGUUUGUUCAGGAGUGGUGCAGCCUCACCGCCAUGAAGAAGAAGCUGCUCCGUCGCAGUGGCCUCCUCUUCCACAGCCCCACUCUGGGUCUGCAGCAGCUGGCCGCCGCCCAGCGCCCGCACUCCAGCACCAAGAGAUACCUCAGCAAAGAUGAAGUGGCUCAGGCCUCACUGAACAAGGCCCAGCAAGAGGGAGGCAGCGUUCGCCUGGUCACAAAGGAAAGCAUCUUCACAAAGAGGCUCUCUGCCUCCUCACUCACACCACCUGCUUCACUCAGGCAGGACAGCGCCUCCUGUGGGACGUCGGCGGUGGAGCAGAGUGGUUAUCUGCAGGCUGUGGACAGCGGGGGCGUCCCCCUGUGUCUGUCCUGUCAGAAGACGUGCUCGACCAGUGGAGGAGCCUGGGACACUCGCUUCUGCAGCCACAGGUGUCAGGAGGAGUUCCAGCUGCGCUCCAGCCAAUCCUACAUGCGCUCGCGGGUCCUGGAGGCGGAGCAAGGUAUCUGUCAGGCGUGCGGACUGGACGCCCACGACCUGUUCGCCAAGGUCCGCGACGCUCCGCCCUCCCAGCGUAAGGAGAUGCUUGAGAACACCUGGCUCGCCCAGCUGUCACUCAAACAGCUGAACGAAAUGAUCCGCGCUCCAGUGGAAGGCGACUUCUGGCAGGUGGACCACAUCCGGCCAGUGUACAGCGGAGGAGGACAGUGCUCUCUGGACAACCUGCAGACGCUCUGCACCGUCUGCCACAAAAUGAGGACGGCUCAGCAAGCCAAGGAUCGGAGCAGGCGCAGGAAGAGUGAAGCAGCUGCCAAGGUUGCAUCAGACAUCAGUAGGUUCUUCAUCAAGAAAUGAAAUGACACAAAGGUUCAGUCGGGGGUUUGAAUGUGUGUGAAAUUCCCAGAAUCCUCGCUGAUUCCUUACAGUUUGAAAGAAGGAGCAUCAUGAUUCAAAAACCAGGCCUGGAUUUCUCUGGAUCUUAAGAGCUUUAUCUUUUUGUAAUCACGUCGCGUUGAUAUGAGUGCAGAUCUGCAGCUGCUGUAACGAGAGAGAUUUACAGUGACGACACCACAACGCUUCAUGCUAACUAAAGCCAACCUCCCCUCUUGUCCCAGAACCGUCAGCCGCACUGGUUUUGAUUUAUGACGUCCCCGUUUAGCCGGAGGCUGAAGUGGAGCAGGUUGUUUGGAAAGAUGCUGCUAUUUUAAGAUUGUGCACACUUGGUGAAAGGUAGCAGGUGAGAGAUGAAUUAGGCUCUUUGUGAUUAAAGGUCUGCAGCAGGAAAAACAACACGCGCGCACACACACACACACACUGGAGUGUCCUCAUUGGCAACAAGUGGCAGCGUGUACAUCUUUGUGAAGACGGGUGGAAUAAAAACCUAUUUUCAUGUC